AUGCCCUUCGUAAACAACCCAUGCAAAAGCUGCACCACUGGCCGUUUCCCAGUUUUUAAACAUGAAACGGACAACAGCUGUAAAGGAGCAUGCUACCCAAUGGUUUACACCCACCCGUAUGCCAGCCAUCAUUCUAGCCAUUACACACACCCAUGUGUAAACCCAUGCGCAAAUACGCACAUCAACCCAUGGGCAACUGUGCACACCAACCCAUGCGCAAAUGUGCACACCAGCCCAUGCAUUAACCCUUGCACUACUUCAUGGGCUACACCUCACACUAAUCCUUGCAGCUUAGUCACUCCAUGCCAUGAUUAUAAGACUAAGGAAGUCAUCAUCAAGGACUACAAGGAUGAAAGUAUAAGCAAGCAAGUUUCUGGAGGCAAUGUAGAUCUCCUCAGAGUGAUCAAAAUUGACCUUUUGAAAUGCAAGACUGGACCAAAUCGUCAGGAGCACCACACACACUUUUUCCAUGAUGAACAACUCAUCGUCCGUAGAGGACAGUCUUUCAAUAUGUGGGUUGAUCUGUGCCGUCCUUUCAAUCCCACCUCUGACAAACUCCACCUUGAGCUCAAACUUGGCCACAUCCCAUCAAUCCGCGACGGCACAUACGUGAUCGUCCCAAUUGUGGAGGAAUUCAAGAAGGACUGCUGGGGUGCAAAAAUUGUUGAGCAUGGACAAAACAGAAUCAAACUGUGUGUGAGCUCUCUCUCAACAGCUUGUGUUGGACGAUACCAACUCAGCGUUGUGACUCAGUGUACAGCAGGAAAAUUCACUUUACCAUAUGUGCCUGAACAUGACAUUUACAUGCUGUUCAACCCCUGGUGCAAAGAGGACUGCGUGUACCUGAGUGAUCAGGCAGAGAGGGCGGAGUAUGUGCUGAAUGAUAUUGGUAAAAUCUACUAUGGAACAAAACAGCAGAUUGGUUGCAGAUCUUGGAACUUUGGUCAAUUUGAGGAGGGAAUCCUGCCCGCAUGUUUCUAUGUGUUGGAGAAGAGUGGUACCCCUUGCUCGGGAUGGGGAAACCCCAUUAACAUCUCCAGAGUGGUUUCCGAGAUGAUUAACGCCAACAAAGACCGUGGUGUGCUGAUGGCUAACUGGUCAAACUAUUAUGCAGAUGGAACUGCUCCAACACUCUGGUCCAGCAGCAGUGCCAUCUUGAAACAAUACCACAAAUGUGGAGGAGUACCUGUCAAAUAUGGACAGAGUUUGGCCUUUGCUGGAGUCACUAACACAAUGUUGAGGUGUUUGGGUAUUCCUGCUCGUCCGGUCACAAACUUCUGUUCUGCUCACGACACUGAUGUUAGUUUGACCACUGAUGUCUAUCUGGAUGAGAAGUUUCAGCUCAUUGAUCAGAUGAACCGUGAUUCAAUCUGGAACUACCAUGUGUGGAAUGAGGCCUGGAUGACCCGUGCAGAUCUGCCCACUGGUUUUGGAGGUUGGCAGGCUAUUGACUCCACUCCUCAGCUGACCCACCAGGGCUUCUUCCGCUGUGGCCCAACCUCAGUAGCUGCAAUCCGCAGUGGCCAGACCUUCCUGAAGCAUGACGUGCCCUUCCUCUUUGCAGAAGUGAACAGUGAUAAGGUGUACUGGCAGAGGAAAAGUAAUGGAACAUUUGGCGUCGUCCAUGUUGAGAAGGAUGUAGUCGGUCACUGCAUCAGCACCAAGGCUGUCGGAUCAGAUCAACGUGUUGAUAUCACAAACCUCUACAAACACCCAUGUGGUUCUGAGGAUCGGUUGACUGCUCUGGAAACUGCUCUUCGCCACGGCUGCAAGAGACUCACACACCCUCUGCCCAUCCCAGAGGACGUUGUCUGUGAAGUCAACCUGAAGGGUGAUGGACCAUUGGUGGGAAAGGAUGCCGUGCUUUCCAUCAAUCUAAAAAACAAAUGCAACCAGCCUCGUAGCAUCACCCUCUACAGCCAUGCUGCAGCCAUGUACUACACUGGUGUCAGGAGGACCUACCUGAAGAGAGACCAGACAUCCAUUGAGCUCAAGUCUUCUGAAAGCAAACUUCUGGAAUGGACCCUGAGUUAUGAUGAGUACAAGGAGCACCUGGUGGAUCACGCUCCACUGAUGCUCAACCUCUUCGGACACGUGGCUCAAACCAAGCAGAUUCUGGCCACCCAGUACAACUUCAGACUGCGCACUCCUGACCUGGUUCUCGCUCCUGUAUGUGAUGCUGUUGUGGGUCAAGAAGUGGCCGUCAAAGUCACCUUCCAGAAUCCACUUUCUUGCGUCCUGAAGAACAGUGUAUUCCGCUUUGUGGGACUCGGACUGAAGCAAGCCAGAGUUAUUAACUACGGUGAUAUCGCUGGACAUGCCACCGUGUCCCUGACUGAGAAAUUCAUUCCCAUGUGUCACGGCUCACAGAAACUGCUGGCAUCAUUCGACUGUCCUCAGCUCACUCAGGUGCACGGAUUCACCAACAUGGUUGUCAAACAGCACUGAUAAACCAAUCAAAUAUCAAAAAAGAAGAGUUUCAUUGGAAAGAAAGUGCUGCUGACUAAAUGUCUCACUAAAAAUUUCCUAUGCAAAUUUCCAAUGAUUGAUUUGCAAACUGAAUUAACAUUGAUCUCAAAAAAACACGAAUGCUCUGGUUUGAUUUUGUUCUUGGGAAUUUUUCUUCUAAAUAUUAUGAUUUAAGUUCAGUCUGUCGAUUAAUCACUUUUAUUCGUUAAGUACUUGAUUUAAGCAUGCAUUUGAAAAUUGGUGAUUCACUUGAGUGCAGAUUAUGAUCAUGGAUUGCAAAUGAAAUGACGAUAUAGAGUGAUAGCUAAUUUGUUGAGUGAUUCUUGCAACGAUUGGUAUUAUGAGUAAUAGAAACUGCAGAUUUUAAAUCAUAAUAAUUUU